AUGCUUGCUACUUCUCCUGAGUUAGUUGAUGCUCUCACUUUUAAUAGUCUAGUAGACUCAACUGUAGCUGAUAAUCUUAUCAAAGAUGUUUCUAUAGAUGAAAUUGUUCUUGCUCUCUCCACUAUUGGUUUAAGUAAGGCCCCUGGCCCAGAUGGUUUUUCAAGUCACUUCUUCAAAGUCUGCUGGGCCAUUGUGGGUGAUGAUUUUGUGGCAGCUAUCACAAACUUCUUCUCUAAAUCCAAGAUGAUGAAAGAGAUCAAUAUUUAUAAAUGCAUUACUAAAAUUAUCUCUCUUAGGAUGAAAAAUGUUAUGCAAAACUUGAUUAGUGAGAAUCAAUAUUCUUUCAUUGUUGGAAGAUCUAUUCAGGAUAAUAUUCUUGUUUCUCAUGAGAUUGUCAGAAAUUAUCAUAGAACUAGUGGCUCUCCUAGAUGCUCUCUUAAGAUUGAUCUCAAAAAAGCUUAUGAUACUGUGAGUUGGCAAGCAGUUUUGAGCACAAAGAAAAAGAUGGGAUUCCCUGACAAGUUUAUUUAUUGGAUAUCCUUAUGUAUGUCUACUGCAAAUAUCUUAAAGCAGCACAUUGAUAAUGGUAGUUAUGGAUUCCAUCCUAGAUGUUCUUUGACAAAGCUUAUUCACAUCUGUUUUGUUGAUGAUGUCUUAGUCUUCUUCAAAGGUUCUCUUAGUGCUGCUCUUUAUUCUUCUUCUAUUGAUUCAAGGGUUCUAGAUGAUAUUAUUAAAUGUAUUGAUUGUUCUUCUAGUACCCUUCCUGUCAGAUAUCUUGGCAUUCCUUUAUUAUCCAUAAGACUUUCCUAUGCAGAUUGCUUGCCUCUCAUUGCUAAAGUCAUUGAUUCUUCUUGGUGCUGGAGAAGAGUUCUUGAGCAUAGAAGUUUGGCUCAUUCUCAUAUUGGAUUCAUACUUGGAGAUGGGACUAAAACUAAUUUUCUUAUUGAUAGCUGGCACCCUAAAGGUAAACUUACUGAUUGGGUGGAUCCAAAUAUUCUUGCAGAUUAUUUUCCCAAUUCAAAGGUUAAAGUAACUGAUUUUCUUACUGAUAAUAAAUGGAACUUACUUGAUCCUAACUCUGAGUCUGUGACAAAAAUAUUCUCUCAAAUUUCAGAUGCUGAUUUUGAUACUAAUGGGGAAGACAUUAUUAUAUGGGAACCCAACUCUAAGGGACAACACUCUUUUAUAUCUUGGUUGGCCCUGCAUGGAAGACUUAAAACUAGAGACAAAUUACUUAAAUGGGGAGUUAGUGAAAAUGAUAAGUGUGUGCUUUGUGAUAAUGGUUCUGAAUCUGUUGCUCACCUUUUCCAUGACUGCCAUUUUUAUGCUCUUAUUUGGGAAGGACUACUUCUGAGGAUAGGCUAUGUUAGAGGUGCUACUCCCUCUUGGGAGGUUGAAAUUCAAUGGUGUAUUGCUUAUUUUUCUGGUAAUGAUCUCAUCAGCUCCAUUAAAAAGCUAGUAUUUACUGGAUUCAUAUAUCAGAUUUGGAGGGAUAGGAAUAAUAGAAUUUUUGCAAAGAAGACUUGCUCUAUCCACCAAGUAAGUGUGCUUAUUAUUAAUGAUAUUCAACUUAAACUGAGCACUUACUCUAGAACUGUCAUUGAUAUCCCUGAAAAUAUAAGAUUUCUUAUGAACUGA